AUCAAAACUCAUAAUAUUUUCUCACACCAAUUUUUCAACUUCUUUCUUGUAUAUCCAAUUAAUUAAAUCUAAGAUAUUUCAAUUACUUUCUCAAUCUUUUCUCAACCCCAAACUUAUCAAUGGCAACAAAAACUUCCAAACCACUUGCUUCACAUCCUACUUACGAAGAGAUGAUUAAGGAAGCGAUUGUGGGGCUGAAAGAGAGAACAGGUUCAAGCCAAUAUGCGAUUGCGAAAUUCAUCGAAGAGAAACACAAACAGCUUCCUCCAACCUUCAAGAAGCUAUUGCUCCAAAACUUGAAGAAGAAUGUUGCUUCUGGAAAGCUUGUUAAGGUUAAAGGCUCGUUCAAGCUUUCUCCGGCGACAAAACCAACACCGGUGGCUAAAAAGCCCGCAGUCGCAAAGCCGAAGACAAAGCCGGCUGCCAAGGUGACAGCGGCGAAGGCCAAGCCAGCCGCGAAGCCGAAAGCGAAAGCGAAAGCUGUUGUGAAACCGAAGGUUGCUGCAAAGGCCAAAGCUGUAACCGCCAAGCCGAAAGCUGCUGUUGCAAAGCCUAAAGCUGCUGUUGCAAAGCCUAAAGCUGUUGUUAAGCCGAAGGCCAAGGCUGCGAGAACGACGCCGGGGGGAAAGGUUGCUACUGCGAAGGCGGUUGUGAAGAAAGCUGUGGCGGCGAAGAAAGCUCCGGUGAAGAGCGUGAAAGCGAAAAGUGUGAAGACUCCCGUGAAGAAAGUUACGACAAAGAGAGGGGGAAGAAAAUAGAUUUAUCGUUGUUUAUUUUUACGCCUAAUUAAUGUAUUGUUGCAAUAGAUAUUUAUUUUUCUUUAUUUCACAGGAUCAAUAUAGGAUUUAUCAGAAUUAUUUUAAAUUUUUGAUGUUUAUUGAUUAGACAAUCCUAUGUAAAUUGCUUGUGAAGUUGAUAAAUGAAUGUAUGUUUGUUAACAUUAUAAUAUGGCUGGACAGUUACUGCAA